AGGGCCCCAGGGAGCGCGGGGCGCUGCUGCCGCCGCUGCUCCGCUCGGUUCCGUCUCCUGGGCAGCGGCGGGACCGGCGGCCGCGGCGGCGGAGGGACGGGAGCUGGGAGCCGCGGUCCGCAGAGUUGGGCAGGGGAGCACCCGCGCCUCCGCGGCGUCAUGGGCCCCCUUCCCGGGCCUCAGCGGGCACCAGCCGCGGGAACCCCCAGGCCUCCUCGCGGCCGAGCCUGAGCGACCCCCGGGUUCUCAGGCACUCGCUCCCUACUCCCUAUUUUUCCUCCUUUCGCCACCGUUACCGCUUGUGCACACGGUUAUGGCAACAGAGCCGCCAUCCCCCCUCCGGCUCGAGGCGCCCGGCGUCCCAGAGAUGCGGACCCCACCGGUGAGCGAUGCCGCCCCCGAAGGCGCCCCGCAACCAGCGGGCGGCAGGCUGCGUUUCCUCAACGGCUGCGUGCCCCUGUCGCAUCAGGUGGCCGGGCACAUGUACGGAAAGGACAAAGUGGGUAUACUGCAACACCCAGAUGGCACAGUUUUGAAACAGUUACAGCCACCUCCAAGGGGCCCGAGAGAGCUGGAAUUUUAUAAUAUGGUUUAUGCUGCUGAUUGUAGUGAUGGUGUUCUUCUAGAGCUUCGAAAAUAUUUGCCAAAAUAUUAUGGCAUCUGGUCACCUCCCACUGCACCAAAUGAUUUAUACCUAAAACUGGAAGAUGUGACCCAUAAAUUUAAUAAGCCCUGUAUAAUGGAUGUAAAGAUCGGGCGAAAAAGCUAUGAUCCUUUUGCCUCAUCCGAGAAGAUUCAGCAACAGGUCAGCAAGUACCCAUUAAUGGAAGAGAUUGGGUUCUUGGUGCUUGGCAUGAGGGUUUAUCAUGUUCAUUCUGAUAGCUAUGAGACACAAAAUCAGCACUAUGGAAGAAGCUUAACAAAAGAAACUAUAAAGGAUGGAGUCUCCAAGUUUUUUCAUAAUGGGUUCUGUCUAAGAAAAGAUGCUAUUGCUGCCAGUAUUCAGAAGAUUGAGAAAAUUCUGCAGUGGUUUGAAAGCCAGAAACAGCUUAGCUUUUAUGCAAGUUCAUUACUAUUUGUUUAUGAAGGUUCAUCUCAGCCAACCACUACAAAAUCAAGUGACAGAACUUUGGCAGGAAAGUUUUUGUCCAAAGGGCAAUUGUCAGACACAGAGUUACUGGAGUACAACAAUAACUUUCAUGUGUUAAGUUCCACAGCAAAUGGAAAAAUAGAGGCUUCAGUAGGCAAAAGCUUAUCCAAGAUGUAUGCUCGUCACAGAAAAAUGUAUUCAAAAAAACAUCACAGUCAGACUUCAUUGAAAGUUGAAAAUAUGGAGCAAGACAAUGGGUGGAAAAGCAUGUCACAGGAACAUUUAAAUGGAAAUGUACUUUCCCAACUGGAAAAAGUUUUUUACCAUCUUCCCACUGGUUGCCAAGAGAUUGCGGAAGUAGAAGUGCGAAUGAUAGAUUUUGCUCAUGUGUUUCCUAGCAACACAAUAGAUGAGGGAUAUGUUUAUGGUCUAAAGCAUUUAAUUACUGUACUUCGAAGUAUUUUAGACAAUUGAAUCUUUUGCUGCAGUCUUUUUAAGUGGUGGACAAAUCAUCAUAAAGAGCAGCAGUCAUUAUCUCUGCACCUGUAAUGCUGUGUAAAAACUUUGUAUUGUGAGUCAACAUUUUAUUUGUCUUUAUACUUUUGGUAGAAAGGUUAACUUUUUUAUAAUCUUACUCAGGAAUACUAAUUUGUUCAUUAGAAAACUAUGAAGAAUAAAGAAACAGGAAUGUUAAGCAGGGAAUGUGGUGGUACAUGGCCUGAACAUCUAUUUGGCUCAAGCAAAAUGCAAACCAUUAUUCAGUAAGAGUUUAUUUAGCUUUCUGUAGCCAAUGUAUCAUGAAAUCUGUCCACCCAACCUUGAAAAUGAGCCAUAUCUAACCUAUGACAUAAUUAGAACACCUUCAAAAUCUAGAAAGCACAGGUUGAUAUCCUUAGUAUUGCUAUGUAUGAAGUUAUUAAAACUGGAGAAAAUUCUACUUCAGAAAUAAGUACCAUUUAGGUUUUAUAUUAAAAGUUCAGACCAGCAUAUCAAAAGGUGCUUCUUAGUGAAAUGAUUUAGAAUUAUUGCAUUCCAAAAGCAGGUUUUCCAUUUAAUUUCCAUUUAUCUAUGUAAUACAAAAUAUUAUACUUUGUGAAAUACACAACAGAAAUGGACGACAACAACAACAACAACAAAUAUCUUGAAAUUAAAGGCACUGAUGAUUUUUACCAGGGUCAGAAGAGAGAAAUUAUUUGCAAGAAACAAAAUUUUUUCUUUAAAAUUCUUUUAUUGCAAGUUCUUUUGUGGCAAAAAUGGAAUCUAUAUUUACUACAAUGUGAGAAGACAUUACAUGAUAUAUGUAGGUAUACAUAUAAUACUUUUUCUCAAACAGAGGCUUCAAAAAGGUGAAUGAUUGAAAUUUUAUUUUUCCUCUAAACAAUAUUUUAGAGUGUUUUGCUUUUAAAAUUCAUGUAUUUGUGGUCCCACUUAGUUAAGCAGUGGUAUAAACGUUUGUUGCUAAAUAUAGUGUUUCUCAGAAUUUGGUUAAGCAGUGAAAAACAGCAUCUGAUCAUGUAAGUGUUUUUAAAAAUACUGUGUGUAAAUUAGUACAUUGUAUAGGGUUUGGCACAUAUCUAAAUCUGUGCUUCUGUUUCACUAUUAUUCGUAACAGCUUUAGAUCAUAUCAAAAGAGAAACUAAUUGGGGGCAGAGGCAAAAACAGAUUUGUAAAUAUUACCUUUGUUUUACACACACACCACCUUUUAAAAAAUAACUAGGUAAUUUUCAUUGAAAACUUGUAAGACUUUAAAAUUAAAUUUGAAAAUAAUUUGAUGUUAAUGCUUUCAAAGCACUUUGAUUCACUAGUAAUAUAUCUAAGUAGUUGAGCAGUUUUACCAUAUUCCUGGAACACAUUUUGAAGUUAUGAUUUAAGAUCUUUUCCUCCUCUUUUUACCUCAGAAUCACAAUUUAAACUUUUAAAUCCAAGUGCCAUUUUUAUGUGGUAUGGAGGAAAUUUUGUUUCUUAGCUUCCCAACUCUCACUGAGGGUACUUUGCAAAUAUCUGAGUUCUAACAAAGUCACCAGAUAAAUUUCUAUGAAUACUAUACUUAGCAAAUCUUUUAAACUGGCAUAACUUUAUAUGCAUUUUGUUAUUUUUAUUUAGAAUUAGUGUAAAAUAUUUUUCCUUGGGAUGUAAUGUUUUUCUGUAUUUCCAAGUGGGUAUUGGCCAUACGUUUUUGUGGGAAUGAAAUUCAAGUCUUAAUUAAUAAGAAACUUUUUUAGUUUUACUCGUUUUUUUCUUCAAUAUGGACUUUUGUUGUUGUUGUUGUUAGUUAGAUAGUGUUAAGCUCAUAUAAAUGAACACUAUGUUGAAUCUUCAGAGGAUUUUUGUAUGGGAUUGUGUCAGCCUAUGUACAUUAAAUUUAAUAAAUUUAAGUAUUAUCAGAUUAUUUGCACAUUUUAGUUCAAUAAAGUCUGAAUCAGCUGUUCUAGA